UAUAAAUAGCUGGGGAAGCCACAUCUUCAUGCUGUGUGGGACAUCUCAGCUUCCUGCAGUCGCCAACAUGCCUUUGGUCCUGCUUUCUGUCCUUUGGCUCAUUGUACAAACUGAAGCAAUAGCCAUAAGGCGAACACCUGAAACAGGACUCUAUCAAGUAGUCUAUCCUAAAAAACUGCACCUUUUACACAAAAGAGAGGUACAGAACAACCAGAGAGAGACCCAUGGUAAUGAGGAAAGAUAUGAACCUGAACUUCGGUACCAGAUUAUGUUAAAUGGAGAAGUCAUUCUCUGCCUACAAAAAACCAAGCAUCUCCUGGGGCCAAACUACACGGAAACGUACUACUCACCCAGGGGAGAAGAAAUCAACACAAGCACUCAGGACAUGGAACACUGCUACUAUAAAGGACACAUCCUGAAUGAGAAGAAUUCCAUUGCCAGCAUUAGUACCUGCAAUGGGUUGAGGGGAUACUUCACACAUCAGAAUCAAAGAUACAUGAUAAAGCCUCUGAAAAGCACAGACCAAGAAGAACAUGCUGUCCUCACAGAUAACAAGGAGGAGCUGGCUAAUAGCACCUGUGGUGUAAGAAACGUUGGCAGAAAACACAGCCUCAUUCGUAGGUCUACGUCACUCAACAGCCCAGAGCAAGAAGAGUUUCUUCGGGCUGCAAGAUACGUUGAUCUCUUCUUGGUGCUGGAUAAUGCCUUUUACAACAUGUAUCAGAGGAAUAUAACUUUGAUAAGAAGCUUCUUGUUUGAUGUGAUGAACCUUCUCAACGUGAUUUAUAGCACCAUAGAUGUUCAAGUGGUCUUGGUAGGUAUGGAAAUCUGGUCUGAUGGUGAUAAGAUAAAGGUGGAACCCAACAUUGGCGUCACCUUUAGCAACUUUCAGAAUUGGCAUCACUCUAACGUGGGGAAAAUGAAGCCCCAUGACCAUGCUCAGCUACUCAGUGGACGUGACUUCGCCCAUACACGCGCAGGACUGGCAGCUGUAAAUUCCCUGUGUUCCUUGUCUUCGGUUGCUGUCAUUGAGGCUGAGAGAAAGAAUAACGUGGCUCUUGUAGCAGUGAUGUCACAUGAGCUGGGUCAUGCCCUUGGUAUGCCUGACAUUCCACAUGACACCAAGUGUUCCUCUGGGAGUUGUGUGAUGAAUAAGUAUCUAAGUUCAAAAUUCCCAAAGGAUUUCAGUGCAUCCUCCCGCUCACAUUUUGAAAGAUACAUUUUAUCUGAAAAACCAAAGUGCCUGCUGCAAGCACCGAUUCCUAAAGAUAUACUAACAAAACCAGUGUGUGGGAACCAGCUUCUGGAAGUAGGAGAAGAAUGCGACUGUGGCUCUCCCAAGGAAUGCACCCACCCUUGCUGCGAGGCUGCAACUUGCAAGUUCAAGCCCAGCGCUGACUGUGUGAAAGAGACUCUGAACCACACAACGUGA